CAUCGGCCUGCUACUUCUUUCGGGAUCAAACAUCAUUCACUUCUACGGAUUCUCGGUUUGGUGGUUGACCGCAUUCUCAUUCACCGUCUGUCCGGUAGUUGACAACGGUACUCUUCGUCACGACAUAUCGAUCUCAACCGUAUCUGCACAUAUUUGACCUCGAUUUCCCCCUCCACGACCAUGAGUAUGGACGCUGGCGGUCUUGCUCAAAUGACUUACAAUUCCUCGUUCAACGGCGGUUCCCUUGGCGUUCCCGGUUCUUCUUUCGCUUCUCGUGGGAAGGGUUCUCACAUCAAGCGUCUUAAUGUGCCUCCCAUCGAUGAGACUCGGGCGUCUACAAACGUCUCCACGCCGCGCACCAGCCGCUCCCAUCUGCUGGCCGGCCUGAGGACGGCUCCCAAGUCGGCCACUCUUCCACCCACCCAGCAGCAGCACCAUCGCAUGGGUCUGGAUGGGAGCCGUCACGCGGCUUCCAACCAAUAUGCGGACCGUGUUCCGCAGACCGCCGCUGCAGCCAGUUUCCCCCAACACGCGUACGGUGCGAACCACAACCUCAACGCGGGUGUGGGCAUGAACGCGAACCGCCCAAUGUAUUCGUUGCCGGAGCAGGUGUUGGCCCCUCCCUCGAUUGACCUUGGUUUCGGUGAUGGCGAAGGACCCAUCGACGAGAAGCUGUAUGCGGAGCUGAUGUCGACCAACCUCUUUCUGGCCGCUCAGCAGCAGCGCUUGCAGCAGCAGCUGAUUAGCGUGACCGCUGCUGCCCAGCAGUUCCAGAACCUCAACCUGGGUCUUCAGCAGCAGCAGCAGCAGCAGCAGUUCUCAUCCAUCCAGGUUCCCCCCAUGGGAUUCUACCAGCAGCAGCUUCAACAGGGAAUGCAGCCCAUUGUCCAGCCGGUGCCGGGUCAGCCUGGUCUCUACUCCGUGUACAAUCCGAUGACCGGCCAGCAGAGCUUCGUCUUUGACAACAGUGCGCAGCAGGAGAGCUCUCCGCCUCCCGCGUAUCAGGAGCACGCUCAGUCGCCGGUUGCGCAGGCGCCGACCUUCCGUGCUGAGGUGUCCCCUCCUACUGAGUCAAAGGCGUCCCCGGCCCAGUCGCGUCACACCUCGCCCCCGAGACACAGCCCGUCUCCCCCGCAAGAUGCCACGCCCUUGCCCCCUCCUUCGGCCAACGCCUUCCGUCGAGGUCACAAGAAGACUCCGUCUUUGAAUCCAGGCCUGAAGGUGGAUGCAGCCCGGAUGGGAAGCGGUGCUCCCAAGUCUGCUGUUUUCCCUCCCACUCCCAUGACCGGCACCUUCGGGCCGGGUCAGGCCCGUGCUGGUGAACACCCCAUCCGUCAGCCCCGUGGGCCGCCGUCGAUGGAGGAGCUCAUUGCUAAGCCAACCUCAAAGCAUGAGGGCAGCAAGAACUUUGCCGCCCGUCAGCGCCGCCGUGCGGUUCACAACCUUGUCCGUGCUGGCAUUGAGCGUCGCGGCGAGUCCCGCAGCAAUGGCAGUGGAGGCACCAACACUCCCGCCAGCGAGACGGAGUUCACCUUCUCCGUCUCUGACGGAGACGACUGCACCAGCCGCAGCGGCAGCCUCUCCAGCAAGCCCAGUUUGGGCAGUCUCCGUGCCGCGGCCAGCGGUGCAAUCGGUUCCGAGAGGAAGGAGAAAGACCGCUCCUCUCGCGAACGGAAUUCUGUGGACAGCCUCUACACGAUGGCGACGGUCAGCAGCGACGAUGGCAACUACAUUGGUGGAAAGCUGGCAGAGGUGCGCCAGGAUCGCGUUUCCUCGCCUCAGGGCCCUCCCUCCGCGGCUGCUGUCGUGGCGGGUCAGCGGACCGUGUCCCAGGGACCAGAGCGGCGCAGGAUGCCCAUGCUCGUGCUCUCGAGUGCGGAGAAGCGCAAGACUCCUCUUGUUUAAAUGAGGAGAUCUUUUAAUGUGACCGAGAUCUGACGGAUACGUGAAGACUCCGGGAGAUCUUUACCAUUCAUUUUUAUUUCUGCGUUGUGAGCCUUUCCUCGCUCGCUUUCCAUUCUCUUAUCGCGACU